AUGGCUUCGACGAACUCGCACGUGCCAGCUGCAGUAGUAGACGAGAGCUCAGCCAACGCUUCUUCCACCUCGGCCGUGUCUGCCCCACCUCGUGCUUCGACGGCCUCGGCCUCGGCCUCUACCUCGACCUCGACCGCGACGACGACGACGACCGCACCCCCGUCAUCUCCACUCGAGGAUGGACCACUCUUUCGGGCGCUCGUUCAUUCGUACGAGAUCAGGGCACGCUCACUUCGCUGCACGCUGAAGGAGCUUUGCAAGGCCGCCGCGGACGCGGUCGACGCGAACCGCGACGAUUCGGCUGCUCAAGACCGUAUCGACCGUCACCUCGAGCAGUUGUCCACCGCGGCGGCGAGCAGUACGACGAGGAGUGAUAUUCUGGCCGGCCUGUACGAUGGCGCGUUGAAGAAGAAGCGGCAAGAGGAGAGGCAGCGAAGGGGUUCGGAGAGGGAUCGACUCGAGGAGUGGAUCAUGAGGAUGAAGGGCGGGAUGGAGAGGCUCAAGCUCGUCGAAGCGAGAAGGAAGCAGUUCGACAAUGACACCAGGGACUAUUACCAUGAUCUGUCAAAGGUGCGUCGCCUUGGGAUGUCAUCCGUUUGCUCGAGGCCCGGCUGAUGGCUCGGACUAUACCCUCGGCAGUACCUGUCCCGGACCGCCGACAUCUCCAAAGCCGAGUCGCUCGAUCUCAAGCAACAGCAACGCAACCAGAGCUUUGAAGCACAUCGCAACGAAUACUUUGCAACUAUUGAGUCGCUCGUAGAAUCCGAAGAAGUGCUCAUCUGCACGUGGCUACGGCUGUGGGCCGGUAUUGCCGACGAUCCACGGGCCGUGACCAAGGAAGCGACCGAGAUUGCACGCAACAAGAGUCGGGACCAUGCUCGCGCGACCUUGUCUCGAGCGCUUGCCGAAGGGUUGAGAGGGGAAGAUCCGGAGGCUAGUGAGACGGACGACGAGACGGCCUCGAACGGAUCAGCCCUCAGUCGAGUCAGUGGAGUGGGUUCCAUUAGCCGAAGGCGAAAGAGCACGAGCACCAGUGCGGCCAACCCGAUUACUUCAAGUCCCAAGAAGCGUGCUUCGAUCCCGAGCUUCCAGGAGGCUGCCGUCGAGACAUCCGAAUCGACGAGGGAACGAAUACGUAGCUUCGUCAAACAAACCCAGCGAGUGUUCUCCCCCUCAUCGUCUUCGACCUCUCCUACGUCGCAUGCACUCUUCGCAGCAUCCUCAUCAUCUCCACCAAUGCCUGCCCUUCCCUCGACAUCUCCCGGAGAGCAGGUCGUACCUUGUGGCUUAAACCAAAACAUCGCUGCAGCGAAAGCAUCAGCGAACCCGGCCGCAGUAUCGAUGCGUCGGAAAGAAGGUCUUGUUUUCGCAACUGCGAAGGGGUCCUCCCAUACGAUCGCAGGAGAUGGAGGAGGUAGUUGGACCGCGCACUGGUGCGUACUCAGCGAAGGACAGCUCGUCGAGUUUGUGGAUUGGCAGAGACCAAGGGACAUCAAGAACACGCCCAUCAAUCUUGCCGCGGCAUCUGUUCGCGUCUCGCACAACACCGAGAGGAGGUAUGUUCUGUAGUUAAAAACAAAGGGAGUUCGAGCAAGAUCUGACGUCCCAUAUCUAUACUUUGCAGGUUCUGCUUCGAGAUUCUGACCCCUGACAGCCGUCGCAUCUACCAAGCUACACACGAAGCCGAAAUGAAUGACUGGGUCAACGCCAUCAGCAAAUCGAUCGAGAGCUUACUGAACGGGUAUGUGGUCAUGUAUUCGCUUCAGAAUCGCACACGGCUAACAUUAAUUCUUGUCUAUCCCAAGCACCUCGUCCGUACGGCACUUUGAUGCCAGCCGGCUCACUGGCUCCUCCGCCUUCUUCGGCGAUUUCGGCCCGCCCGGUGCCCCAGCCAGCAAUGGAGCCAACGCGGCUCUCCGAUCGCCCGGGCUCUCAGGCCCCACCUCGUUACCUUCGUCCCCUUCUCAACCGGCCCUCGGGAUUGGUCACCACCUCUCCAAUCGCCUCACCUCGUGGGUCAGCGAACCUCUCUCCCGUCGCACUUCUUUGGCUUCCAAGAUGAAAGCCAAACGGGACCAAGGAUCUCGGGCCGCUAAGGACAAAGCUUCAACAUCAUCCCUUCCAAGCCACCCAGAGCCUCAAACUUUCAUCAUCGCAAGCUCCCCCAAACCUUCGCCUUCACUCAAUGAAGGCCGACAAAUUUUCGACCAUGUUGGGGAGAGGAGGUCCGGGAAUGGGAGUGGUUUGGAUGACCUGGCGGAGGAUUUGUCCGAGGCUGAUCGGAUGAUCUUGGGGCGUGUCUCGGCGCUUAUUGAUCAGUUGGGCCCUGAGCCUGGCGAGAACGGUGCGAACGAGCCGCCGAUCCCGAUUGCGACGCCCGCAGAACGGAGACAGAAGAAUGCGGAUGAGAUUCAGAGCCUGGCCAAAGAGCCUGGGAACGAUGUCUGCGCCGAUUGUGGCGCCAGAGGUACGUCUCAGACCGGUCUUCUCCAGAGAGGAGGAGGCUCAGAGCUGACAAGCUGAUUCGUUUCUACCAGAUCCGAAAUGGGCCAGCUGGUCCCUCGGCAUCUUCACCUGCAUACGAUGUUCCGGCGUGCAUCGCGGCUUAGGCACCCACGUCUCGAAAGUCCGAUCUAUCGAGCUCGAUGAUUGGACCGACGAACAGAUCGACGCCAUCCGAUCCGUCGGGAACGUAAAAUCGAACUCUAUCUAUGAGGCUCGGAGGCCUGUCGAGGUCGUGCCGACGGACAAGACGAUCGGCACGUACAUCAAGAUGAAGUACGUCGAAAGGGCUUGGGUCAACUUACCUCCUCGGUAG